AUGUUGGCUGGACACCUCCCAUCUCUGGGUUUAUUAAGAUUAAUUUCGACGGGGCUUGGCAGGCUUCAAACUGCAUGGCUGGAUCCUAAAACUCUAACAUGGCCUCAGAGCCAGGUUGCAUCAUCCAAAAGCUGGGCGUUGUUCUGUGAAGAAAAUCGAUCAAGGUGUGCUCAUUCUAAGCUCACGAAGCUGACUGAGUUUGAUCAAGGGUCGAAUCUGAAAACAUCUUGUUUCCAGGUGAUUCUGAAAUACGUAAUGGCUGGAUCUGGAAGUUCGGAGGCUAGAAUCCCCAUUUUCUCAGGUGAGAACUAUGAAUUUUGGAGGAUUAAAAUGGUAACCAUUUUCAGAUCAUAUGGUUUAUGGGGUUUGGUAGAGAAGGGGUUCCUAAUCCCAGAUUCAAAGACGAAGCAGAAAUCUGAGGAUGGUUCAGAAGAAGAAGUUGAUGAGAAAACAGCUGCGAUUCUCAUGAAGGAUGCGAAGGCCUUGGGUAUCAUUCAAAAUGCUGUUUCUGAUCAGAUUUUUCCCAGAAUUGCAAAUGCUGACUCUGCAAAGAUGGCUUGGAAUCUGCUAUAUUCAGAAUAUCAUGGUGGAGAGCAUGUUAGAUCGGUAAAGCUUCAAAAUCUUAGACGUGAAUUUGAAUACACUAGGAUGCGUGAUAGUGAAACCUUAUCUGAAUAUCUUACUAGACUAACUGAAUUGAUUAACCAAAUGAAAACAUUUGGUGAAGUUCUGUCAAAUGAGAGGCAGGUUCAGAAGGUGUUAAUUAGUCUAAGUAAGAAGUAUGAUCCUAUAUGCAUUGUGAUUGAAAACACAAAGACACUAGAAACUGUGGAUUUGCAGGAAGUAAUUGCAAUUUUGAAGAGUCAGGAGCAACGGCUUGAAAUGCAUAGUGUUGAUACAGCUGAGAAGGCAUUUGCCUCAUUCACUGUGAGUGCAAAGGGUCAGAACAAAAACACUUCUCAGUCUGGUUCAUCUAAGUCACAGAAAAGCUGGAAUUCUAAAGGGAAGUCAUGGGAGGCAAAAGACAAGUCACAGCAGAAUAAUUAUUCUGCACAGAACCACACUUCAACUCAGUUCUCAAAUCAGGAAAACACAAAGCCUCAAUGCAAGGUGUGUUCAAAGCAUCACUUUGGUGAGUGCAGGUAUAAGGGAAAACCAAAAUGCUAUAACUGUGACAGAUUUGGACAUCUUGCUAGGGACUGUACAGUGAGCAAAAAUGUGCAGAAGGCUAAUUGUGUAAAUCAAAUGGAGGUAACAGGAAAUCUGUUUUAUGCAAAUUGCUCAACCACUGAGAUCAAAGCAAAUGAAUGGUAUAUUGACAGUGGCUGCAGCAAUCAUAUGACAGGAAAUUUAGAAUUACUGGCUGAUGUGAGAACUAAUGUAGCUGGGAAAGUACAAAUGCCAACUGGUGCACUAGUGAGUGUAGCUGGUAUUGGUUCACUGAGUAUUGAUACAGCAAAGGGCAGGAAAUACAUCAGAGAAGUUAUGUACCUGCCAGGAUUGAAAGAAAAUCUGCUAAGUGUUGGGCAGAUGGAUGAACAUGGGUAUUGUCUGGUGUUUGGAGAAGGAAUGUGCAGGGUAUUUGAUAGUCCAUCCAUGGAUUACCUCAUCACAAAGGUGGAAAUGAAGAGUAACAGAUGCUAUCCUGUCUCUUUUCUAGCUGAAAAACAGUUACUAAUGAAGACUAGUUUUCUUCAAUCCCCAUGGAUUUGGCACAAGAGACUUGGUCAUCUGAAUUUUGGAGGAUUGAAGCAGCUAAGGGAUAAAGAAAUGGUACAUGGUUUACCACAAUUGGAAGAACAAAGUGGUGUGUGUGAAGGGUGCCAAUUUGGAAAACAGCACAGAAAUGUUUUUCCAAAAGAUCAAGCACAAAGAGCAAGCAAAGUACUAGAGCUAGUACAUGUGGAUCUCUGUGGUCCCAUGAGAAAUGAGUCUGUUGCAAGGAACAGAUAUUUCAUGCUGAUUAUAGAUGAUUUCACAAGAAUGACUUGGGUAUAUUUCUUGAGAAACAAGUCAGAAGCCUUCUAUUGUUUCAAGAAGUUCAAGUCCAUGACUGAAUUACAAACUGGACACAAGGUGCAAUGCAUAAGAAGUGACAGGGGUGGAGAGUUUCUGUCUACUGAUUUUUUGGAGUUCUGUGAAGCUAAUGGCAUUCAAAGGCAGCUUACAAUGGCCUAUACUCCUCAGCAGAAUGGAGUAGUUGAGAGGAAGAAUAGAACUGUCAUUGAGAUGGCAAAAUCAAUGUUACAUGAGAAGGGAAUGCCCUAUUUCCUAUGGACAGAAGCUGUCCAUACAGCUGUCUAUUUGCUGAACAGAUGUCCUACCAAAGCUCUCAACAACAUUACUCCAUUCGAAGCAUAUAGUGGAAGGAAGCCUGGAAUUGCACACUUGAAGGUGUUUGGUUCUCUGUGUUAUGUUCAUGUGCCAACCGAAUUGAGACACAAGCUGGAACCUAAGAGUACAAAGGGAGUGUUUGUGGGAUAUGCAACUUGUGAAAAAGGAUAUAGAGUUUUUGAUCCUAUUUCUAACAAGCUUUUACUGUCAAGGGAUGUGACAUUUGAUGAAGAAAAAGCUUGGCAUUGGACAGACAAAGAUGGUUCAGUUAUGACAUCAUACUCAAUUGAAGACCAAGUAGACUUGGAUUUGAAAACUGACAGUUCUAAUGAGAACUCUACUGGUACACCUCAAACUUUGGAUAUGCAAGAGAGCACUUCAUCAACUCCAGGUGAUAUAAGCAGUGAAGAAAGGAGAACCCAAGCUUAUGAUCACACCCCUCUAAAAUGGAGAAGGCUAGAUGAUGUUCUAGCUCAGUGUAACUUGUGUAUCAUGGAACCAGAAAAAUAUGUUGAUGCUGCUCAGGAUGAAUCUUGGCUUAAGGCUAUGGAAGAUGAACUGCAGAUGAUUGAAAAAAAUGAAACAUGGGAAUUGGUAAAUAGACCAACUGAAAAACCAGUGAUUGGAGUUAAGUGGGUGUACAAGACAAAGCUGAAUUUGGAUGGCUCUGUGCAAAAGAAUAAAGCAAGAUUAGUGGCUAAGGGGUAUGCUCAGAAGCCUGGACUGGAUUAUAAUGAGACUUAUGCACCUGUAGCCAGAUUGGACACCAUUAGAACUCUUGUUGCUCUAGCUGCUCAAAAGGAUUGGAAAUUGUUCCAGCUUGAUGUGAAGUCUGCUUUCCUUAAUGGUGUGCUGCAAGAGGAAGUUUAUGUCAGUCAGCCUGAAGGUUUUGUAAUUAAAGGCAAAGAAGACAAGGUUUAUCGUCUGCAUAAAGCUCUUUAUGGUCUGAAGCAAGCCCCAAGGGCUUGGUAUGGAGAGAUAGACAGCUACUUCACUCACUGUGGUUUUGUAAAAAGCUUAAGUGAAGCAACUUUGUAUACCAAAGUGAGGGGAGAUAAGGAGAUUCUAAUUGUGUCUAUCUAUGUAGAUGACAUAGUGUACACAGGGAGCAGUCAAGCAUUGUUGGCUGAAUUCAAAGAAGACAUGAUGGCUAAGUAUGAGAUGACUGAUUUGGGUUUACUUCACCAUUUCCUUGGCAUGGGAGUUGUGCAGACUGUGUCUAGUAUAUUUCUACAUCAAAAGAAAUAUGCUAGCACCUUGUUGAGCAAGUUUGGUUUGACUGAGUGCAAAUCUGUGACAACACCUCUUGUUGCCACUGAGAAACUAGCUAAGGAUGAUGGGAGUGGAGCUGCAAAUGAAGAACAAUACAGAAGCAUUGUUGGUAGCUUAUUGUACUUAACUGCUACAAGACCAGACAUUAUGUAUGCCUCAAGCUUGCUAGCUAGAUUCAUGCACUGUCCUACAAAUAGACACUAUGGAACAGCUAAAAGAGUUUUGAGAUACAUCAAAGGAACUCUGGACUAUGGUCUUGAAUAUGUGAAAGGCAAAAGAUCAAUUCUAGUUGGUUACUGUGACAGUGAUUGGGGAGGAUCAGUUGGUGAUUGCAAGAGCACAUCAGGGUAUGCUUUUAGUUUUGGAAGUGGAGUAUUUUCUUGGGCCUCAGUAAAACAGAACUGUGUUGCACUGUCUACUGCUGAAGCUGAGUAUAUCAGUGCAGCUGAGGCUACUACUCAAGCUAUUUGGCUCCGUUUUGUGCUAGAAGACUUUGGAGAGCUUCAAACUGAAGCUACUCCAUUGCAUUGUGAUAAUAUAUCAGCAAUUGCAAUCACUAAAAACCCUGUAUUCCACCAGAAGACAAAGCAUAUUGACAGAAGGUAUCACUUCAUCAAGGAUGCAUUGCAAGAAGGAGUAAUCAAUUUGGAAUACUGUCCUACAAAUGAACAAUUGGCUGACAUUUUUACCAAACCUCUGGCCAAAGACAGAUUCAAUUAUCUCAGAGGCAUGCUUGGAGUGAAAUCACCUCAAGACUUAAAGGGGAGUGUUGAAUUAUAA